ACUUAGUGGGAGAGUGACAAGGAACUGUGAGGUACCUGUUUGGUAGCGCAACAAGUCAGAAAAUUUGCACGGGCAUUUUUUUCCACCUCCUUUCUGGAACUUGCUUCAUCCAGCUGACUGCUUCAAAGCCUUAGGCAACUCUCAGACUCACAGAAGAAACCAGUCCUAUUGAAAAUACAUACAUGAACUGGGAGACCAAAAUGACAAAACUGAAGAUUUUCGCUGUGUCUGGCUGGUGUCAGAAACCACUCUGUUCCAUCCUCUUAUCACUGGCAUCAGAUUCAGGACUGAAUACCCAUCUCUCUUUGCACGGUCUGAGACUAGAGCAGACCUCCAAACGAUGAGCUCCCUGACCAGCACCUCACACCUCCAGCUGGCUGCCUUUGCCUUGGGUACAAUAGGCUGGAUCCUGUGCACCAUUUCCAUGGGACUUGUGGAGUGGAGAGUGUGGCAUGUGGACAACACCACCAUAAUCUCCUCUGGCAUUGCGUGGGUGGGGAUUUGGAAAGUCUGCUUCAUCAGUUAUCUUCAUGUCUCAUCUGGCUAUAAAGAACAGUUCUGUCAUAAAUUCAGUGGCUACGACUCCUUCAUCCCCCAUGAAAUUUAUGUUGCCCAGGGUCUCCUGCUGAUCGCCAUGGUCAUGGGUUUGCUGGGACUGACAGCCACAGUAUUUGCUCUGAGAAAUAUUUAUAUGGGAAUCAGCCGCAAAACUCUCAUCACUCAUUUCUUCCUGCUGGGUGGCUUCUUCUACAUAUUUGCCGGUCUGUGUGUCCUGGUUCCAGUGAGCUGGAACUUCUAUUCUGUAGCACAAAACCAGAGCAUCGCUUUUCCGCCCUCUUACUACAUGCCCUCCAGCCCCACGGCACAGGAAGUCGGUGCUGCCAUUCCCAUUGGGAUCAUAGCUGUCAUCUUGCUGCUGCUGAGUGGGACUUUUUCUCUCUCCUACAGAUUUCCUAUAACCACAAACACAGACAUGAAAUCCUGAUGGGAUAAAUCCCCCCAUGCUGUUUCAGAACAAGAGCGCAGUCAAAAGAUAACUGUCAGCACAAGUGAUUUUAUAGUCAAGAAACUGCAGAAUUUAAUUGUAUCCUACAGUAGCCACCAUAAUUUGUUAUAUAAACCAGCUGAACUACCAUUUUGAUUGUCACAUAUGACAAGAGGUUCGUUUUUGAGAUAACUGCUGUAAAGCAGCAACUGUGAUUAUUAAGUUUUAUCAGUCUCCCUCUUUUGUAUAUACAAACUUUGUUGAUUAACUUAUUUGUGUGUGAGUGUGUGUCUCAGGUAUUUACUAUAUUUAAAGAGCUGAAUCUGAAUUAACUGUCCUGUUAGAAACACAUGGAAUGACACGUGUUUUACUGUGAACUUGCUUCCCUGUUGGUACUGAAGUAUUUUGUCCAUUAUUAAAUGACAUUUUUAGUGAAGUGUAUUUUGUGACAAGUUGAGACUUUUAAUACAUAUGAUAUGACUGUAUCAAAUGGUUGUUUCAAAUGAGUCUUUGCUGAACUGUCUUACAAAGCUCUUGCCAGUCUCUCUUCUUGCUCUAGGGCAUGUAAAGAGCCGUGUCUUUAAUGCUUCUGUUUUUCUUCCAAGCUAUUUGCAUUUUAUGUUGCAACAUGUUUGCCUGUGGGCAAGGUGUGCUCUUAGUUCCUCACCUGGGCAGAGCCAAAAAGUCUGCAAACAUAUGCUUCUUCAUCAGACACUUCACUGAAUCCAAAGGUGUUGCAAAAGAUGGAAACUUCUUCUAGAAGUUAUUACAAAACUGCUGCCAAAAUCAGUGCUCUUAGUAGUUGGGAAUACUCAGUACAACUUCCCGAGUAUGAUUCAUCUAACCUGAUGCAGACAUCUGUACCUAAAUCGGUCACUUUAGUCUUUGUUUAUAGUCAGUGCAGAGAAAAAGACAGUCUAGACAGAAAAAGACAUCUAUCCAAAAUAGAUGCCUAGAGUAGCUGGAAGAUGACAUGCUCCCUAAAAAAUCUGUUUCUCUUAAUUCAUUGUAAUGACUGUAAUAACUACAGUUGCUAACUCAUGUGCACACAACCAAACUUCACAUAGGAGGGAGGGAGAGAGGCCCCAAGCAUAUCAAUAAAGGAAACAAACAAACAAAAAUAAAGAGGUUGGGAGGGAUGAGCAGACAGUGCUGACAAUCUGAUGAUUACUGAAAACAGGUUCCAGAAAAAGUGAUUGCAAUUUCAAAGAAAUGCAACAAGAAUCUAAGCAAUUUAUUUUUACUGUUUUAAUUAUUCAUUUUCUCAUAGAUUCGGAGGAAAAAAAGAAAAGAAAAUGUAAAGCAAACAAACAAAAAAGUAACUUCCUUGUACAUAAGAGUAAAAUGUAAAAUGCCAGCAAGACAAUUCAUAUUGCUUGUGGUUGUUACUUAUGGUGAGUACUUUUGCUGUCUUUAAAUUUUGGAGAGAGAAAAUGCCAAGCACCUCAACCUUUUGCAGUUCUCUCCUCUUCUUACUUGUAGGAAGAAAGGUAACUGUCCAAGUUCUUAAACCAUUACAGCAGCUCCUCUGUCUACUGCUUGCUUUCUCCCUGGAUCCUGGUUAAUAUUGCUUGUUUUUGCCCCAAGACUGCUCUUGUUCAUUUCUGCCUUAAGUUUCACCCCAAAUGAACCCAUUAGAAACACAUAGAUAUGAGCAAGUUAGUCCUUUAUUACUACCUCAUCUUGUUAGAGCAUUCCAUUUUUAUUCUCUACAUCUUCCACACAGUCUUGUCUUUGCUCUACUGACUUCCUACACAGAAUCCCUACAGCACAUUCAUUCCCUCUCUGGUCUGCCCAUCUUUUCUGAAAUGGUAUCCUAUCUCACCAUUAGUGAUUGAUGAGAUGCAGUUGUUUAUCUUUGGGUUGGUUGCAGUGCUGUGAAGCACUUUCAAAUGGUGCUUCAGUGAAGGUGCAUGAUUUGAUAUUUUGUUUAUUCAAUAUUGUUUCUAGUUCGAUGUCUGUUAAACAUCCUACACUACAUUGACAUUUUUCUUUUUAAAUGUGCAGGUCAAUAGAACUGUUUUCUCUUCCCACAGUGCUUACAAUGAUACUAGAUUUUAUCUUGUUGUUGUAAAGAAAAAAAAAAAAGAUGUAUCCAUGCCAGCAUUUCCCCACACUAAUAAAAGACCAAUAUUUCCUGGCAAGGAAC